CUUUAAUAUAGUUCCGUGCAGAACAGGGAAAAUGGUGUAAUGAAAAGUUUUCUGCGUUAAAACCCGUGUUAACCUGUUAUGGGUUAGACUGGAAGUGAGAUGACGACAGCAACUGUCGCAGAAUGUAACUCUCCAGUCUCGCUCAGAACAUGUGGGUCUUCAUCCAGCUCCCUUCUUAAUAGAAAACGGCUUCAGACAAAAUGUAUUUCUCCAAACAAACGAAGUAACCUGAGCAGACAAACAUCCUUUGGCAUCAUAGAUCUAAGACUGGAAGUUACACUGACUGCCUCGCCGGUUUCAAGCCCGAUACCCCGGUCCACAAUGUUAUUAUGUGACGGAAGAGAGUCAGACAGUCCCAUUUCAAAGUCGCUAUCCACCACGCCCGUCCGUUUGAAAGACUGUGAAUUUGCCGACAAGGAAAUAUCUCGCACUAAAUCGGCCGUCGCCCCCGAUUUCUGUGUGGUCGGUUCAAAACCUCGUCUGCACGGUAUGUGGGACGUCGAGGACCGUUCGCAAGCUACAAUUAAAGUACAGAAGAGUGACUUAUUGGACUCUGUUGAAGAUAGGACGUUAAGUCACUCCCCUGACAACCCGCCUCCAAGCCCCAUCAACUUCUUACCUAGUCUGGAAGGAGUUGUGGUAGGUGGCCAAAGGCUUAUAUGCCCGGAAAGACUAGAGCAAGGACAGCAAUCUUAUAGUCGUGACUUUAAUCCUGGUUUUGUGAAACAGCCUCAGCACCAUUGUGUCAAAUGUGAAGGUCGUGUGAUCGAGGAGGAACUAACGCGAGUUACCCUACAUAAACGGUUAAGUUCUAUAAUGGAUCGGCAUACUUCAAUACAGCAUGUACCAUAUCAAAAUGAAGAUGACACAUGUAAGGAACACCAAAGUACACAGCAGAUCAGAUUAUCAGAACACGUGGACAUGUGCAGAAGUUCCUUGCAGUUGCACGCAGAGAAGAAACGUUUAAAGAUGGAAAAAGACCGCUUAAAGAAAAAACGGCGAGAGAUAAGAAUGGAAGGAAAACGUAUUGUCAACUUAACAAAAUUGAAAGAAAAAAUACAAAGAAAAGAACAAAGAAGUCAGGAGCUGUUGGACGAAUAUUAUGUUAUGAGAAAUGUUAAAUUUAACACAAAGAAUGUUGAAAAAAGUAAUGAUUCGCAAAACGCAAAACAUGAUAAUGCCAAUUUGUGUGAUAAGGUUACACCAAGCAGCAACACUGACCUUCACCUUCCUCCAAUAAGCAAAAAAGGUUCAAAGUCAAAAACAAGCAACUCUCCGGAAAACAAAAAAUCUGAUUCGUUUCAACUUCCGGUCGGCGCAUUGAAACCCUGUACAGACGAAGCUAAAAAGGAGGAAAUACCUCCGGACUUGCAGCGUAGCAGAAGCGACACAGUGACGAAUAUUGAUAACAAUGCCACAAUCAGUGCUGAAAAAUCUUUGACGGACACAGAAGCUGACAAAAUAAGUAAAGUUAACACAAAAAACGCAAUACACAUUGAGCUGUCUAAACAACUGGACUUGUCACAAUGGCAACAAAGUCGUGAAAAUGAUACUACAAUCACGUGCUUUGAUUCGUCAACGACCUUGAACCCUACUAAAAACGUCUGCGUGUCUGUUUCAACAGAAGAAAAUUGCGAUCAACAGAAAAUUAAAAACACUUCAUCAGACGACAACUGCACCGGAAGUGAGAUCAUAAAACAUGACAUUACGCUGACGUCAACAAUGAUAGUGCCGGAACGUGACACCCCUUGUUCACAGUGGGUCUCAUUUAAUGGUGAUAACGAACCCGUGUUGAACACGUCACCGGAAGUUGACGAAGGAUGCGACACCUUCCUUAAACGUCUGCAGAGAACUAAAGUUAUAAAUCAAAACGAUCCAUCGUUACCGUCUGGCCAACAGUUUUGUUUUGAAGCAAUGGUUGAUAAACGCUACAAUCGCUGGAAGAGACGCCGUCGGAAGAAGCAAUCAGAAGCCAGAAGAACGUAUGUGGCUCAAAUUAGCGAUAGUUCAGAUGAAAAUGACGAAAGAAAUACAGCAAUGGAAAGAAUCAUCGAUAAAAUGUACGAAGAAAUUCACGGUCCUGUUCCUCAAACGCCAAACGGAUCACGUGAUACACCACGCUCGCGCAACAGACGCCGUCGUCAGGGAGAAGACAAUGCGCCAAAAGUGCAAGAAGAUGACUUUGACAUUGAAAAAGAAGGCUCUUAUACUUCAUUAUACGAUGCUAGUUCAGAGCUAACGCCUGACGAUCCUGUACCUAGCUCUUCGUCUGGUGACCAGGUAUCGCAGGAACAAAUAAAGACUUUGAACCACACACCGGUACCGGAAAUGCCGCAACCGAGCGAAAGUGCGUCAGACGACUUAUGUUCUUGGCCAUAUUUAGAGCGAUAUAAAACUGAAAUCCUCAAACGCUUGAAAAGCGC